GGAUUGACGACGACGGGAUGUUCACGACAUUCGCUGCGCCCCCCGUUGCUCUGUCGAACCGCAAACUUCGUGAAAAUGUGGCGGCGCACCGCCCCGAGCUCAUCCCGCUUUUCAAGCUGUACCACAAAGCAGAAAACAGCCAACAACAGCCAUGGGAGAUGGAAUCCCCCGUCAACGCGGUGAAAUUGAGCACGUUCUUGCACUCCAAGAUGCUGCUGUCGCCCGAGUUGAAUCGGAAUUCACCGUGUUAUAUUGCUCGGCGCAUUAUCCAGCUGUACAUCAAGCUCAAGUACAUUGCCACGUUCCCCCCGAAUGAAAUUGACGAGUACGGAAGCUUGGGCGACCAAGAGUACGACGAAGUGCGCAUGGUUCGCUUCCUCUUGCACAACGGCCAGCCAGCGUCCGACACGGAGCACAUCUACCGCCUAGCGUCCAUGCUGGGCAUCUCAUACCAUGGAGACUUGUGGGUCGACGUGAUGAAGUUUGUCACGUGUGCGUUGCCGUUCGCCGAGCACACCGAGUCCCUCUUGGUGCGGGGGUCGGACGACCGAUCGAUUCUCGACCCCACGACGAAAACCAACAAGUACAACACGUCCACGAUUCCGUCCGUGCAAGCAUCACAAGCAUGGAUCAGCCGCGCCAGUUGCACGAGCUCGAGCAUCUCCCUUGAUCAGUUUGCCGUGUGCGAAGCGCUGCGUCAGGAGCUGCUAUUGGCGUCGUUGUCCAUCAACAACGAUAACAUCCGAGACAUCUUCGACCGGAAAAUGCACCACGUCCGCCUGCGCCUUGCCAACUGCCUCGGGCUGCGUGCUCGCUUCGACGACCACGAAUUCCAAGCUAUCAUAUCCCCGUCCGGCACCGACGCCGAGCUACUCGCGACGUCGUGCGCGCUCGCGAGGCUAGAGGCGGUUCAUAGCGAUGCACACACAACCCCGGGCACCGUCACAUCCAUCGUGACCGCGCAGGGGGAAAUCGGCCGUGGGUCGGUGGCCGCCUCGUCCGGCCAGCACUUCAGUAAACUCACACCUAGUGGCGAGGGGGUCGAAGUGGGGACGUCGCUGUGUGCGUUUCCGUCCUGCCGCGUCAAGUGCAUCCAAGUGCCAGCUCGGAACGAAGACGGCUCUGUGGUCGACACGGACACCACGGCGUCCCAAGCCGUGACCAACGCGCUAACCGCGAACCCCAACAACGUCGCUUUGCUGCACGUUGUGAUGGGAUCGAAAACAGGCCUGAGCUGCCCCAGUUUGAACGCUGUGCAGGCGCUGACGUCGACGUAUGGGACCCGUCUUGUCGUGGUCAUCGAUGCGUGCCAGAUGCGCCUCAACCGAGGGGCGCUCGUGGAUUUUAUCCAGCGUGGCUACAUCGUGUUGGUCACGGGCUCCAAGUUUUAUGCGGGCGUGCCAUUCUGCGGCAGUGUGCUGAUUCCGGCGCAAUCGGUGUACGAACUCAACGUGGCUAACCCGAGCGUGUGUUUUCCCGCUGGGUAUGGUGAUUACUUUACAAAGUUUGACUUUCCACCGUUUUGCAUGCAAAACGUCCGCGCGGCGCUGCCGUCUCGCAUGAACGUGGGCCUUCUCCUUCGCUGGGAAACUGCCCUCGUCAACAUGGAAGUCUAUGCGUCGAUCCCGCCGGCAAUGGUCGCCCAGAUCUCGCAUGAGUAUAUCGAGCGGACCAAGAGCAUGCUGGCGACCCACACACACGUUGCCCUCCUCGAUCCAUUCGACGAAGCCGCCAAAGCCCUCAAGCCGAAACCACCCGUGUCGGCCGACACGGGGCUGCCGAUCCAGCCCCUGGAUACCAUUGUGUCGUUCCAUGUGGUGGACAGCUCCAAGGGCUUUCUCAGCGUGGACAAGCUCAAGGUGGUGCACCUGCUCUUGUCCAAGGACAUUUCGGUCGUCGUGGCCGGCACGAACGACGUCGCACUCGCCCAGAAGAAAUGCCUUGUGGGGCAACCGGUGUCGUUGGGCAAACUUCCUUACGGAGUGAUUCGCAUUGCGCUGGGCGCGGACAUGGUCAACCGCAUCUUCCAAGGCACGCAGACCAUGUCGGAGUUGGUCCUCGAAGACGCCAUCAUUCUGCGCAAGAUCGAGCUCAUCUUGAACCACUGGGAGCUGCUGUGUGCCCGCUUUGUCGAUAUUCCGACCGCUUCCGUGGCGAUGAGUGCCGCCACCUCCGUCGACACGACGCGCCCAUCGCCCCCGCCGAUGUGGAAUUUCAGCGCCAAGUCGGCGCAUUACAGCUCAGUAGUGCGGCACAUGGUGGAAGGGGGCCUCAUCACGAUUCCUCGCACGAUGUUGUACGAUUUGGACGCGAUUGACAUGGCGUUCCAGGCGUUGGUGGCGCCGUUUCCACCCCACUUUGAACAUCGUUUCGCGGUGGCAGCGUGUCCGUUGUCGUUUUUUCUGCGCCGGGCGAUUGAAAACGACGUCGGGCUCACGUGUACCUCGAUCGAGGAAGUUCACCACGCGCUACGGUUGGGCUGCGCGCCGCACAAAAUCGUGUACACCGCCCCCCACAAGUCCCCCCGAGACAUUGCUGACGCCAUCAACGCCGGCGUCGAAGUGAACGCCGACUCGUUCGACGAGCUCGAGAUCAUUCGCACCCACGCCCAACAGCGGUUCCAGUCCAACUUUCCUGAAUGUACGCCCCGGUAUGCGGGGGAACUGCCCCGCAUCGGCCUGCGCGUGCACGCGUGUUUGCACACCACAGCCCCCAAGUGGAGUGUCGGCAUCCCCCUGACCAAGCGAAACCGAGCCAAACUCGUCCAGGCAUUCCACGACAACCCGUGGAUCACAGGGCUCGCGGUCGCCUGCUGCGCCGAGUGUCCGAUCGGUGUCACUCCUAUGCAACAACUGGCUCACGGCGCCCGCGUAGUGUGUGAAUUGGCCAAAGAAGUCGAUGCUGCUGUCGGCGAAGACCGCGUCAAGGUGCUCAACCUGGGGGGGCGCGGCCUCACCGCCAACUUUGAAUCGGACGACGUGUCGCCGACACUCGCAGAAUUUGUGGACGUGUUGAAGAACGACGCACCCAAGGUGCUCGAGCGCAACAACGGCCGCACCGUCGUGACGGAAUACGGGUCGUACGUGAGUGCCAAAGUCGGCUGGACAUUGCACCAAGUGGAAUGCGUCCGCGAAAGCAGCAGCCCCGUCGAUGAUGUCGAGGACGACGAACAUGUGUUGAACAUGGUCGUGGUGCAGCCGGACGACGCGUUCUUCACCACCGUGCGGACGCCAUCGACGACGUCGUUGUCACAACCCCCCUUCCAGCAUCGCGUGUCUGUGUUCAAAUCGGACGGGUUGACAUCCACGGCCAAGCUUAUGACCCAAGAAGUAGUUUGCUUCUGUGCAAGCAACAACGACAGUGACUCGGUGCGCUUUCGACAAGUGAGCAUGCCGCAAGUCGAACGGGGGGACUUCCUCGUCUUGCACGACACUGGCGCCCGAAACAACGUGAUUGGAAAUGGUGCCGUGUAUGGGUAUCGAAAGCACGACGACGAGUUCAAGGUCGUGCUGCUAAAGCCAGGGCACACGUUGGAACAAGCCAUACAAUCGUGGAGUUGA